CCCCGGUCACACUGCUGUUGUCAAAAUAAAAUUUUGUAAAAUGCUGCCAACAUUUUGCAAAUUCCUGGCCCUUUUGUGCAUAUUUGCUAAACACACGCAUGCGACGACCAACCUGAGUCCAGGGGCCGUUGGUGUGCACCGUCGAUUCGAGUACAAGUACUCGUUCAAGCCGCCGUACUUGGCCCAAAAAGACGGCACCGUACCCUUCUGGGAGUACGGGGGAAAUGCCAUCGCCAGCUCCGAGAGUGUGCGUGUUGCCCCAUCGCUGCGUUCGCAGAAGGGCGCCAUCUGGACCAAGACGCAAACCAACUUCGACUGGUGGGAUGUGGAGAUUGUCUUCCGUGUGACGGGACGUGGCCGCAUUGGAGCCGAUGGUCUAGCCUUCUGGUACACCACUGAGAAGGGCGACUACAAUGGGCCCGUGUUCGGUUCGUCGGACCGCUGGAAUGGUCUGGGCAUCAUCUUUGAUUCCUUCGAUAACGACAACAAGCACAACAAUCCCUACAUCAGUGCGGUGGUCAACGACGGAACAAAGAUGUACGAUCAUACCAACGAUGGCACAACGCAGUUGCUGAGCGGUUGCCUCCGGGACUUCCGUAACAAGCCCUUCCCCACCCGUGCGCGCAUCGAAUACUACAACAAUGUGCUCACCGUUCUCAUACACAACGGCAUGACGAACAACAACGACGACUAUGAGCUGUGCAUGCGUUCGGAUGGCGUGAAUCUGCCCAAGAAUGGUUACUUCGGUAUCUCGGCUGCCACAGGCGGUUUGGCUGAUGAUCAUGAUGUGUUCCACUUCCUCACCACAUCCCUGCACGCUGCUGGCCAGGUCCAGGAGCCCCAGAAGGUGGACAAUCAGGAGAAGCUGACGGCGGAGUACAACGAGUAUCAGGAUAAGCUGGAGAAGCAGAAGCUGGAAUACAAGAAGGAUCAUCCGAACGAGCACAAAGACGGGGAGGAGGAUUGGGAGGAGUUCUACGAGUCGGAGAACCAACGCGAGCUGCGUCAAAUCUGGCAGGGACAGAGCCAAAUUGCCGAUCAUCUGCGUGAGCUGUCCCGCAAAGUGGACGAGAUCAUUGGACGCCAGGAGAACACGUUAACGCUGGUCUCACGCGGCUUGGCUGCCAACGCUGGACAGGCACUGCCACCAGCAGCCGCUGGCGGUGUGCCCCAGCAGCAAUUGUCUGGCGGCGGUGUGGUCAGCCGUUCCGAUGUGGAUCUACUGCUCACCAAUCAGAAUGUGCUGCUCAGCUCCAUCCGGGAGAUACGGCAACUGGUGGGCGACAUCAAUGUGCGCACUGAUAACAUUCAGACAAAUCAGAAGCACGCGCCCACAGCACAGAUCCAGUCCACCGGCUACGAUGUGCAAACGCUCAUAGCCGAGAUGCGUGACGGCAUGAAUCAGGUCAAGCAGGGCAUCUCUCAUGUGGGACAAAAACUGCAAUCAGCGCCACAGGCUGGAGCGCAGACUGGCAACUGUCCCACUGGCAACUGUGUGGGCGUCACAUUGUUCCUAAGUGUAACCGUGGUGCAACUGCUGCUAGUAUUUAUCUACAAUAUCUUCAAGAACCGCAGCGAGGCGCAGGCGAAAAAGUUCUACUAGGCCAGCAGAAUGCUAAAACGAACACCACACGGAACCACACACACAACAGCAACACACACACACCUGACUAGGCGCAACUAAAUUUAGUGAAAAUGAUUUACUUAAGACUACAGCGUAGAGUGCUCCAACAAUUAUUGUGUAAUUGUUUCGUUUUUGUAUUGUGUUUAACGAAUAUGGAUUGAUUGGAUAGUCAGGUGCCGGCCGAACGAAAUUGAAGCCAUUAAUUACUUAAAACUGAAACUUCAACUGAAGAAAUGAACAAGAAAUCUGAAGAACAAUGCAGUCGCCCUCAUGACAAUGCCCAAGCAAUACAAAAAACCGAUCGAAGAAGCCACAAGACAAACCUUUAUAUAAACCCAAACCCUUUACCACUUUCCCCUCCAAUUCCUACCCACUAUAACAUAGUCUGAUGAAGAUGUUUUCUAUUUGUUUUCCAGCAGGAUGGCAAGUCGAAAGCCAAACUAUUCUCAACGCUGCAUAUCAAAGGCGUGUGCAGCCAUUUCUUAUAAAAAAAAGCAAAACAAAAACAUAAAAA